GGGUGACUUGAGGUGGACCUCCCCUCACAUUGAUUGGCAAAGGAGACAAAGGAAGUCUCCUCACCUCUCCCCACUCCAUUAUUUCGGCCAGCACCAUCAAGAGAGGGAGAAGAACCUCCAAACAUACCUCCAUAGACAAGAAAAACGAGCUCAAGCAAGGGCAUGGUCCAAGGAAGAAGAAAAGUGAGGAAAAACCUUGAUAUAUUAAGGAACUUGUCAAAGGUAUUCCUAGAUCUUCCACGAAGUUGGAAGAUUCACCGGAGUUAUCGCCGGAGUUCAACCGAGAAGAGUAUAACGUGUUAAAGCUCAUUCGAGCAUCUACUGUUACCCCAUACAAUAUGGGAUAGAACCUCUAAAUGGUACAAACUUUUCAACAUGGAGAGAAUCUGUAAAACUAUCACUUGGCAUGAUGGACCUCCACCAAGCGCUAAGAAUUGAUCCACCAGAUGUUCCUAACGUCGAACGCACUGUUGAGCAGAAGCGUUCUUAUGAACAGUGGGAGAGGUCCGACCGAAUGUGCCUAAUGGUGAUUAAGAAUUCCAUAUCAGUAGCUAUUCGCGGAGUGAUUCCCGACUCUGAAAAUGCGAAAACCUACCUAGAAUAUGUGGAAGAACAGUUUAAGGGAACCUCUAAAGCACAUGCUAGUACCCUGAUUCUCAAAAUGUUGACUAAUAAGUACGAUGGAGUGAGUGGUAUUCGUGAGCACAUCAUGAUAAUGUCUGAUAUGUCUAACAAGCUCAAAAGCAUGGACAUGGAGAUCAGUGAAGGUUUUCUCGUUCAUUUCAUAAUGACUUCUCUACCUGCGUCUUAUGGUCCGUUCAAGAUCAGUUACAACACGCAGAAAGAGAAGUGGACAAUGAGUGAGCUGAUUGCUAUGAGCGUUCAAGAAGAAGAGUGCCUAAAAUUUGAAAAACCAAACGUUGCUCAUUUCACGACCACAAACUCAAAGAAGAGGAAAGGCAACCGUCAAGGAGGAAAAGGUAACAUUUCUUAGGUCCCAAAGAUAGGUGCAAAUGUGAGCUCUGGUCCCUACUGUAAGUUUUGUCGCUUCAAUGGACAUUACCAGAGAGAAUGCCCUAAGUUUAAGGCAUGGCUGACUAAGAAAGGGAUUCCAUUCAAUCCGGACAUUGGGAAGAAAGCAAAGAGUGAUUAAGGUGGGCAAUGGAGAAGAAUUAGAAGUGGAGGCCAUUGGAACUAUCUCAUUAAUUUUAGAGUGGCUUCAUUCUUCAUCUUCGUGAUGCUCUUUAUGUACCUAAUAUUACUCGUAAUUUAGUGUCUGUAUCGAAACUAAGUGCUGAUGGCUUUAGAUUUAAUUUCGAAUACAAUAAAGUGACAAUAAGCUUGAACUUAAAUGUAAUAGGAUUUGGUAGCAUGGAGGGAAACCUCUAUAAAUUGUGCUUAGACACUAAUUUUAUGGAAUCCCCAUUGUCAUUUAAUAUAACUGAAAACCC